UGGAAAUAUGCGGUUUGUGGUGUCGGUUACAGUUCACUUCCCGAGCUGCUGCUGCGACCGCUGUUGCUUUUUGUUGAUUUGACCGCCGUCCGCCGUCCGCUCUCGACGAACACCAACCAACCAAACCACCCACCCCCUCGCGCAUCAUUUUCAUCAGCACCAAUUAUUGGUGAUGGAUGAGGCGCAGGGUGAACAGGCCGGGCCAGCACAGCGUGCCGGCGAGCGGAUGGACGUCAGCGGCGACACCACCAACAACGACCGCGAUGGCGACGGUGGCGGCAAUGGCGGUGCUGUGUCGACUGCGGACUCUCCCAUCGCCACCGAAGACGACACCGCAGUCAUUCAGGACUCGCCACUGUUCACGCUUCCCCAGGAAGUGAUCCACGCCUACGUGUUCCCGCAUUUGGAGGCGCACGACAUUCAGCACUUGCGCCGCACGUGUCGAGCCAUGAGGAGCAUUGUCGAUGCACUGCGACACCGCCGAAAGCGCUGGAUGUGGCACCACAUGUCGACGACAGGCGUCAAAUACUGGGAGAUGCCGCUCAAGAUCAGCAAGCCUGACCUGGAGGCCAGCUACGCCAUGUUCCAGCACACGCCCGUCUUUACCGCCAACACCCUGAUUCAGGCUGCGUGGGUUGGCGACCAGGAUCUGUGCAUGCGUGCACUGCGAGAGUGGCGCACGGGGCGCCCAAACGCGGACACGGUGUACAUGCGCCAUGUGCUCAUGAUUGCUCUCACCUAUGCAUGCCUGGGCCGCCACACCGACGUCAUCGACGAGAUCCUGACCAUGGAGCCCGUGCUGGUUGGACGGGAGAUGCGCCACUCCACGCACCGCAGCUCGCUCUUCAGCAUUGCCUUCCGCAUGGGCAGUCCCCGAGUGAUGUCCACCCUCCACGAGCACAUGCGCGCCGACGUGGGCAUGCUUCGCGGUGGCCUUGCGCAGCUGGUUGGCGCGUGUCGAUCACCGAUUGCGGUGGCCGAUUUCUGCGACCGGCACAACGGCGUUGGUUUGCUCUUGGCAGAGAACGCCGAAAGCACGUUCACCACAAUGGAGCGCCACCAGAAUGUCGACACACUCGCGCAGAUUGUGUUCCGGGUGAUGAACUUGAAUGCGACAACGGUGACGGACCCAGUCAUGCGUCGCCUCGUCCGGAUGUGUCUUUCCCACCCCGACCGCUUUCAUGCAAAGCUGGCGUUCACAAACGUCGUGCGCGGCGCCUCCUUCAACCCAGAUCAACUGCUGCGUGGCGCGGGAAAGGGGGCGCUGGUGCUGACGUUGCAGGAGGCUGACCCCUUCUUCGCCGUGUUCUGGCUCACCUACACCAACGUCAGGCUGCGUACGACUGCUGACGCCGUGCAGCUGUUGCGGAAGGUUGCAUCUGCCCCCUUUCUGCAGUACCUUGCCGCAAAGACCGACAUUGCAACCAGAGUGCCGCAGUUUAGUGCGGAUGUGCUGCCGCCUCUUGUUCCCGGCAGCGCGCCGUCACGCCUGCCAGAGAUCUUCAAGGCGUUUAACCCGGACGACAUGGUUCGGGAGAGGUCACGGGACCCAUGCGUGGUGGACUGCAUCCCCCUGGACGGCUCGCUGGGCAUGCGUGGGUUCACCAUGUUGGUGCUGCCACCGCUGAUUCUCAAGCGAGACAGCCCGGCACAGGAAACCGCACGCACAGGACAGCAACCACCAGUAACAACGAGAGCAGCAUUUGCUGCCAGGACGGCAACGUCGGCAGCAACGCCUGCAACAACAGCCACAGCAGUCACAACGGCCACACCUGCAGCCACAGCAGGAGGAGAGAACGCUGAGGUGUCUGGGCCGACGAGUGCUGAGCUUGAGGAUGAAGAGGCGGCACUGCGGCGAGCGCUUCGGUGUGCGCUUCGGUUUCGCAGCAAGAUUGGCAUGCCACCCAGUAGCACCUUGCCCGCCAUGGACGACGAUGAUGACGACGACGGCAAUGAUGCGGGUGGUGCUGGUGCUGGUGCUGCUGAUUAUUUUUAUGACUACACGCUUUACUGGACCAGUGACACUUCUACGCCCGACUCAUAUUCGAACAGGCCGUCCGACGAAGGGGACAGCGCCCAUGGCGAUGACGAUGGCGAUGAUGAUGGUGAUGGUGAUGGUGAUGGUGAUGGUGAUGGUGGGUCAGCUCGCAACCCCUCCUCGUCCCCGCCAUCCAAAGCCGCGGGCACCCCUUCAACAUCAAGGGCAGCAGCAACAACAGCAACAACAACAGCUACUACAACAACAGCUGCGAUGGCUUCAUCUUCGACAGCGGCAUCAGCCAGCACGCGCCGCCCACAGCAGCAUCACGCUGGCGAUGGUGAUGGCGGGGCAGGGGAGCUCAUGGCAACGCACGGGCUGCACACCAUUGCACUCGCAGCAGAGGCGCACGCACGGCAGCAUCAGCAGCAACAAAGCGGUGCUCGCGAGGAUGAUGAUCAUGGUGAUGAUGGCGAUGGGGAUGACGAUGAUGACGACGACGACGACGAUGGUGACGAGCCUCGUUCAAAGCGAAGCAAGCGCGGCGAGAGGGGCUGAGGUGGUGAUCAGAAGCGAAGAAGAUGCCUUGGACUCGUGUGGCUGGGCGGAUGGUGCUACGUUUGAGCACGUGUGCCACGAUGUGUAAUUGGACCUGUCCUUGCUUGCGUGUGUGCUCACGACGCGAUGUGUUUGCUUGUUUGACUUUACAUUGUGUGUAUGAGUGUACGUGUGUGGACCAAAGUAAAAGAGGUUGAGAAGAAA